GCGUGGAGAUCAUGCUAUUGGCAGAGGAAUCAAUGAACUGCGGUGGGAUCGGUGCAAGACUAGUAGCCGGCGGUGGUUAGGGAAACUGCGAUCCCCUUCGCGUCUGAGAAAGGAAAGCCUAGAGUUAACCGUUGCAACUUCACCUUUGCCUGAACCAGGAUAAGCACGAUAGGAUCCAACUGACGAAGGAAUAGUUUUGACACAGAAAAUGAAGAAUUAAAGUUCGCUGAGAUAUAAAGUCGAAAUCUUGGUCAUAAUUUGACCGAAGUCGGAUCAAGUCAAUGAUAGCGGACAGUGAGGGUCCGCAGAAAUUUCCAGCAUAUUAUUCGCAUACCACCUCAUUUUCGACAUCUUUUCGGCGCAACCAAGCACUCACGCCCGUCAACGCUUUCUAAAAAGACCCCUUUUUAAAAUUAAUGCAAGAAUGGUGUUACCGGAUUUGUCCUGAUUGGAAGACGGACCACGUGUGAUUUCGUUUUGCCCUGCAGUUCUUGUCUAUGGUCCGCGCGGGUGGUUGAAUGGUGACGAGUGUUCAAUAAUCAAGAUAUAUUACGACCAAGACCGGGAAGUAUCAUAGAAUAAGUACCCUCCAGAGAAUAUGAAAUAAACGAUGAGAAUAAACAGUAUGAGAUUUGCAGGGUCCCGAUUGGGAGCCUUGAAUUUAGUCUCAUUUUUAUCAGGUUACCUGCCCAACCUGCUGCAACAUAUUAGAUCUACCAAAUCUGGUACAGUAAUCUGACUGCCCGAGCAGAAUUUUCUAAACAAUCAAACUAAAGGCCAUUAGAUGACUACCAGGCUCACUUCGUCAAUAGGUGGUUAGCAUGGGCGCUUAGCAUAAUCAGUCUAACCAGAACGUGAAGAACACGGCGACCACGAUAACAAAUGCGAGACUUGUAUACAGUCGGCGCUCAAACCAUCUGAGCUACAAGGGCGCCAAAUAGUUCAAAAUUGGGUUAGACAGAUUAUUCGGCUCUGUCAAAAACCCCUAUAAACGAGUCUUUGCAUUAUGCUUGCUUGCAGCACGUUCUGCAUACGACAUUUAUGAGUUCUGAAAAUGAGGGUUUCGCGCGCGGCAAUUUGGGUUUCGAGUUCCCUAUUAGCUGGUCCCCAUGUUUACGUCGAUCCCUUCUUGUAGAAGCAGCACCAGGUUUUAGAUAGAGACAACGAUGACUGGGGUGGUUAUCUCUACCUUCCUAACUGUCGUCGGCUAGCCAUACUCGACUGACCGUUCGCGCAAAGGGAGGAGCAUAUCCCGUAACCUCAAUGGCGAACGCCACCCCCACGAAAGUACCACGUUUGACACUACUACUACGUGUCUCCGCUCCGGACUGUCAUAGAGAGAACUAUUUCAGUACGGUAUUACUGGCUCUACUGCUUAUGGCUGAUUUUCGCCAAUGCUUCGGUGUAUGAGUAUUCGAUUCUGCUUCUGCUAAGGAAUGUGUGGCGGCCAGCCAUCAUGACCGGUCUGGCGUCAUUGUUCAAGACCUCACUGGCUCAAGGUCAUUCACCCCUUGGCAGUGAGCCGUUCCAGACGCGCUGACCUGAGGUCACACGACCGACAGCUCGGGCAUACCUGCGUCCGCACAGCCGCAGCUGCCCAUGAGGCCACUUGAACGUGCCACUCCCUGCAACCAGCAAAACAAGCCACUGGGAUACUACCCCUCGGCAAAUGCAACACACGCCGAUUGGAGACCACUUGAGCUUGUCCCACGUGCCUACAAAAGCGGCUGCCACCACUGUCCCAGUGACCCUCAGGCAUGACUGGACGCAGUCAACACCUACCCUGGCUUCGCCGGUGGCCACUGCCGCCUGAGAGGACAACUCCGGGUUCUGUGCGCAAAAAACCCCUCAUUCUGGUGCCUUCCGUCUUCUCUCCUUCGAUCAUGGCAUUCGACCCGGUGGUUGUAGUGCUCAGAGCACUUGCUCCCACCGCUUGGUCACAACAAAUGCACUUUUACCCUUGGGUGAAUGAAUACUCGAUGGCAACAGAGUUUUGCCCCAGGUAAGGUGUUAACUCGUCCCGCAAAUCCAGCGCACACAUUUGAACUACAGUAUCCCAUUCUUAGAAUGUUCGUUUUUGUUAAAUUUUAUCCAACCAGCGACGCUCAACUUACAUGACACUCAGACUCCAUCCAAAAUCAGCGGAGGCUAUACUAGGCAUGCGCUCUUAGCAGGGCUACGCGAGCUCCAAUAUCCUACCCGAGGCCCGGCAUUUUUUACCAAUUAUAAGCUUAUCGGUGGCAUUCCCCUUGAACUUUCUUCAGGCACCACGUUACACCAGGACGGACUGGAAUUUGAAUUUUAUUUCAUUGCGCACAGUUGUGGCUACUGCUUAGGACGCAAUUCAUUCCACCUCCUAUUCUUAUAUUCAUUUACAAUUAAGCGUACUGGUGACUGUAAUUCCAGCCAUAUCGACUGCUUAGCCGGCUGGGCGCACCAUGUUCUGGUGUCAUCGUGAGGCAGUAUUCUGCCGCAAUUACCACCACUCCAUCCUAGGUUUAGCGUUUGUACUAAUUAUAAUCAUACCAGUGACGUUUGCCUAGUAUACUCUUCAGGCACAGGGCAAAAUCAAGGCAGACCUAAAAUUCUUUGUACUAUCAUCACGCCAUUUCGAGCCUCAAUACCCCAUUCCAGGCAUGGAGUUCUCGCUAAUUCUUAUCGUCCCAGCGGCAAUUCGCUGGCAUGUUGUUCAGAUACAGUACAGUAGCAAAUAAAGGCGGUAAGGGUAUGGUUUACGGCCGGGGUUACUUACCUCGGGGAGCAAUUGUGUUAAAAAAUAACUGGUGGUAUUUAUUUGUACGUGUCAGAGAAAUAAAUAAAAAGACCUCGCGGUGGCUGUUGUGUGAGUACAGUCAAGAUGCUCCAAGGAUCCCAUCGGAGUAAAAAUACGGCAAUGAAAUACCUUUUCGAUAAUGCCUUCAAAGUGGUAUUAAAUACAUUUACUAUUAUCGUGAAACGAUAAAAAUAUUGCCAUCUUUUAAUUUGUCACAAUAUGGAGGAUCAAAGUGUGUGAUAGCACAAGGUACUUCGAUGUUCAGCCCUUUCGCUUAACAGAAGUGCUCCCAGGAGUUAGUAAAGCUAACCAAAAACCAUACUCUUGCCAAUAAGACCUCGCUCCAUAAUUUCACCUCGCCGAUGUUGACUCCGAAAUUCCAUUUUAGACACGGUGCAAGUUUGUGUUUGCCAAAGCCUGGAAUAAGAGCAUAAUUACAUAAGAGUAUUGACGGAAAUGAAAUAUUAACGUCUACCUGCUCAUUUAAGUAGUAUUUAAUGUUAAAUGUAUAUCGCUAAUAUAACAGCUUGCCGGGUCAGGCAUGUGUAGGUGUAGCGUCGCUGAAAUACUCCCUAAAAUCUCGUGCUUCGAUUUUUCCGUAUUUUGAAGUUCUUUUGGCUGUUGUCUACGCGUGUAAUUGCCGUGCACGCCACGUCCGCAGUUUCUGUUGAUCUGCUUACUGCCAAGAUUUGACUCUCACUCACGCAAAAAGCAGCCUAAGUCUUUUUGGUAAAAAUGCGAAUUCUUAGAUAUUCACAUGCUUUCCCUGGAAACUCUGAGCAAUGUCUCUGCUUCCUUAAUGUGGAAUCCCGCUCUCAGACAUACUGAUUAGAAAUAAUUAUCAUAUAACUUUAUUAAAAGACUGUCGCCGUGGCCUCGGUGGCGCAAUGGAUAGCGCGUCUGGUUUCUACCCAGAAGGCUGUGGGUUCGAAUCCCACCCGAGGUGCGAUUUUGCGGUCGAUGAUCCGAAGCACUCACAACCGUCGGUAAUUAAUACCACGGGCGAUUUUCCGUUCUUCCAACGGUGGUCCGUGAGGCAGCGGCCUGGCGACAGGGGAAUGCUGCUACUGCAUUAGCAGGAUGCCACUGAGUAAAGUAUUUCACCAUAACUUACUUGCAUUGACUUCAUAAGACAGUGUAAGAGACGGGGCUUUUGCGUCCAAAGAAAAACCUUGUGAACUUUGAUUGCAGGGAUGUUCGUGCGGGGGGUUAGGGGUCCCGGAAGGUCGCAUAACGAUCUAUAUAUAAUUAAUUCGUCACGCAGGCACAGCCACGUUACAGGUACCGGAACUGUCAAGCAUGCUUGACAGCGAACUGAGGGUUGAAUUGCCUCACUUGCAAGUGAGGCCAUGGCAGGAUUUCAUCCCUAAUAGCACGGUAAGCCGAUUCUUAAUUAGCGCCUCAGCACUCAGUCGUAUCUGAAAAUUGAUUGGUUCCCAGCCCCCCAGCCAUAUGGCGUAGACCAGUCGACUUAAGUCGACUCACCCACUUGGGUGCGAAUUUAAAUUCGCACCCCUGCUAGCACCAGUUCCGGGACGGCCGUCUGGACCCGUCAAACUCACGUGGCACGAAGGGGCUAUGUCCAAUAUGGGCGGGGCUAUGCACGGGGCUAUGACGGAGCUAGGGAUUCAGUAGCCCCUUAUAAGGGGCUACCGAAUAUAUUGUCCCGUUCCCGAAAAAACGUGCAUGGGUACACAAUUCUCUCCGCGGUAUUAACACCCCUUUUAUCGGUCUUUCGCCUUACUAGAUUCCCCAUACAACAGGUCCUACUAUUCUUCAUGGGAACGCGGAAAAUCAAAACCCCUUAGAUUUCCUAAAUGUAACCCACCUGCGUUUGCCACUGUAAUUGCGCCGACAAAUCAUACGUACCCCCAGGUCUACACGAACAAAAAUAAUGGACAGCAAAUAUGUGCAUGUGGUGGUUUAUUGAAAAACACGUAAAAUAAAAAAGGGGUAGGGGAGUAUGUACAGAGAGCAUACUGGGCACGGACUUCGUAUUGUUCGAUCAAUUAAUUGACCACCCUAGUAGCAAUAGAUAUCGAGUCGAUAUACGUGAAUAGCGAUUUAUCGAGAUAUCACGUAAUUGGCCACCUCGCUCAUGCAAUCUGACAUUUCAUUGGUUGCCGUUCUUUAGUCGUCUAUCGAUUGCGCGCACACGCGGCCGCGCCAUUAUUUCGCGUGAGCGGCGUGGAACGCGUGAGUUGACAGUCCUUGCACUUACUUGCCAUUACUGAUUUAUAUCUCUUGUUUGCUACUCUUCCAUGUUAACUCUGUUUAGGCAGGGAUCCCGGAGAACACGAAUAA